UCCAUAUGGUGCAAGUUUUGGAAAUGGUUCGUUCGAACCCCUUCGAAUACACUAUUCAAAUGAACCGCCCUAUCCAAGUGAAACCAGCGGAUAGUGAGAACCGCGGCGAUCGAAAGCUCUUUGUGGGAAUGCUAAGCAAGCAACAGACUGAAGAAGAUGUCAGACAGUUGUUUGCCCCCUUUGGAACAAUAGAAGAAUGCACCAUUCUGAAAGGUCCAGACGGAGCUAGUAAAGGUUGUGCUUUCGUGAAAUACAGUUCACACCAGGAAGCACAAGCCGCCAUUAAUAGCCUGCACGGGAGCCAAACUAUGCCGGGAGCUUCUUCCAGUCUGGUUGUUAAGUUUGCCGACACAGAAAAAGAACGACAACUUAGACGUAUGCAGCAGAUGGCCGGAAACAUGAGUCUACUCAAUCCAUUUGUAUUUAACCAAUUCGGCGCCUACGGAGCUUACGCACAGCAACAAGCUGCUUUAAUGGCAGCUGCAACAGCACAGGGUACUUACAUUAACCCUAUGGCCGCGAUUGCCCAAUUACCUCAUGCCAUAAACGGAAUUAAUGGACUCAAUGGGGUAGGAAAUGGAGUAGUUGCACCACCCACGUCAGAAAUUCAAAACGAAACAACGAACCCGGCAUUUGCAAUUUCAUGUGCAAUAUCCAUUCCAGCUCCAGAAUUCACGGACGUCCAAGUGGGUCCCCCGGUUGACCGGAACGGUCAGCCGGUAAACGGAGCAAUUCCCAGUCUGCCAUCGCCCACGAUGCCAACAUUCAAUAUGGCGGCGCAAACCCCCAACGGCCCCCAAGUUAAUGGCCAAGAACCUGUGUAUACAAACGGAAUCCCUCCUCAGACUUUUCCUCCACAUGCGCUCCAUCUGUCCAUUCCAGCGCAGGGACUACCCAACGGCGAGGCGGCUUUACAGCAUCCAGCCGCAUUCCAGGCAAUGCAACCCGGAUAUCCGGGAGUUGCAGCUUACCCCGCAGUUUAUGGUCAAUUCCCCCAGGCCAUACCUCCACCCGUGUCAGCGAUAGCCCCAGCCCAGCGAGAAGGCUGCUCGAUAUCUGGACCGGAGGGCUGUAAUCUGUUCAUCUACCAUUUGCCGCAAGAAUUUGGCGAUGCAGAACUUAUGCAAAUGUUUUUGCCCUUCGGCAACGUAAUCAGCUCUAAAGUAUUCAUUGACCGCGCCACAAAUCAAAGCAAGUGUUUCGGUUUCGUAUCGUUUGACAACCCGGCCAGUGCCCAGGCAGCUAUCCAGGCAAUGAAUGGGUUCCAGAUCGGCAUGAAGCGUCUCAAAGUCCAGCUGAAGCGACCCAAGGACGCCAACAGGCCCUACUAACCCAUAGGACAUCCGGCCGACCUUUUCAAAAGGACAUUUAGCCGCCAAUAGUAUACUAGUUACUUAGUUUGUACUUAUUCAAAAUCCAGAUUUUAAGGGCAUACCCGGCGAAUUGUCCCGAGCACACUAGGGAAGCACUAACGCAGCGAGACUCAUUAACUCCUCUUAGUUCGGCAGCCGAACGAUUGUGAUCGUGGUUUUUCGGUUUGAAAACACCGUUUAGUUUUAAAACGUAAUGUUAAAAAGCCUUUAACUCAACCCGAAUUAUACUGAAUAUAGUAAGAAUAGUGGUAGUGAUAGAUUGUAUGGGGUUUCAAGCGCUUUUCCCAUAAAACAUGUAUACGCCGAAAAUGAUAUAGACUUUUGCUCAUCGAUAUGAACGUUUUGUUUGUUCAAAGUAUAUUAAAAAUAACUGUAGGAGAACACAGAUGCGAGACAUAUCUUUAACAAAACCCAAGUUUUAUAGGCUCAAUAUAAAGUGUAUUGUAUUUGUCAUUAACGUUGUAGUUGUAGCAAAUAGAGUGCUUUACCAAUACCUUCUAAAAUUAGUAUUAUUAAAUAAUAUUAAAAAUUAAAUCAUUAUAGUCAUUAUAUUCUACAAAAAUUGUUAUAGAGGAAU